GUUUAAGAGUGGGUGUCGUGCAGUCUGGUAAUCGGGAAGUGUCAUUCUUCAUCAGACUUUCUCUUUUGCAUUUCGGCUUCUAUGUCCAAUUGACGUUGAUCAUUGCGUUGAGCGAAUUCAAUAUGGCGACCGAUCGAACACCUAAGUAUCGGCAGGAAAUCCAGCAGAUGAUGUUCGUCUCUGGAGAGACUGCCGAACCAUCUGUUGAAACGACAACACUUAUUGAGGAUAUCGUCCGCCAGCAAGUGAUUGAAAUCCUCGCACGAAGCACAACGUUGGCUACACGUCGCGGUGUGCGGUCUAUUUCCACAGAUGAUUUGAUAUUCUUAAUUCGACAUGACAAGGCCAAAGUCUCACGUCUUAAGACCUUCCUUUCCUGGAAAGAUGUCCGUAAAAAUGUCAAAGACUCCGACGACAAAGGUGGCGCCGACGCUGCAGACUUCGCAGGGGCUGACGACCCGAUUGCGGGAGGCGUCGUCGCUGGGCCCCAAGAUGUUGCUUCCAAACCAAAAAACAAGAGAGCGCGUGUUGGCCUUGUGUGGGAUGUGAACAGCUUCUACUCCGUCCAGGUACCGGAGAGGGAGGACGAAGAAGAUGAGGAGGAAGAGGAGCAGAACUAUGCCACUCUUCAACGUCUUGCAGCAGCUGAUGAACGCACAAAGAACAUGACCAGAGAAGAGUACGUGUUCUGGUCAGAAUGCCGUCAAGCAUCGUUUACGUAUCGCAAGAGCAAGCGUUUUCGAGAGUGGGCUGGCUUUGGCAUCGUGACGGAGUCGAAACCCAAUGACGAUAUUGUCGAUAUCCUUGGGUUCUUGACGUUUGAGAUAGUUCAGACCCUGACCGAAGAAGCUCUCAAGGUCAAGGAACGCGAAGACCGUGAGAAGAUCCGUCGUGGAGGGGCCGAAAGCGGAGCAGGUGAAAACACGAAGAAGCGUAAGCGAGAAACUGGUCUUUUCGAUCCUCCCGAAGAGGGACGUACGCCAGUUGAACCAAGACACAUCCGUGAGGCUUACCGUAAGCUUCAAGCCACUCCGAACAAGAACAUUGCUAUGCUCCUGCACAAUGGGCGCAUCCCGGCCCGUAUGCCUUUGAGAUUGAUUUGACCGAGUUCCACAUCCUGUCACCGUCCUACGACUCAUACGAUUUAUUUCCCGGCGUUUACUCUUUCCUUCCGCGGAGCUAUACUACGAUAGAUACCCAUGAACUACGAUUGUACGAUAUUGAAGUUGUUUUGGUGAAAUCUUCUGCCAUAUCUUUUGCAGUUAUGCAUGUGUCACUGAGAUUUCACAAUGUUGUUUUCAUACUACAUAAUCAAUUAUUCUGA